AUGUCCAUUUUGCUUGUUAUUCCCUCAUCUUCGCUACUUCUACCAUCCAUAUCGCAGGCGCACAUCACCAGUUCGUAUACCAUCGAGAUGGGAUCCUCACACUCGACCCAGGCAGUCCUUUCCGAACGGGUAUCGUCCACGGUCACGGAAACGCCUCAGAUAACAGCAAAGGACGUCCAAACGAGCACAUCUAGCACGCAGAGCGGCUUGGAGACAAGUUGCACCGGGACCUCUGGCGAGCCACAGUCCAAGGAGCCCAUGGGCUCACCGAAGCAACCCAGUGAUAAAUAUAAAGUCCACUUUCCUCGCUGGGAAGGCGCUGUACGAGACUCCGAGCCUGUGGCGUCGAAUACGAGUGUUGUAACUCCAAACCCGAGCGUGGAUGGUAAAAGUGACCGCCGAGCAGCUACUCCAGGAGAGGGAGGUUUAGAAACCGCGUGUGAGCCUCGAUCUCAAUCGUCCACUGGUUCUAGAAACACAGCGGAAAGCGGGCACAAAGAGGGAGAUGAACGCAUGGCGAACCCAAGCUCAGAGAUCGGCGGAAUAGUAGACAAAGGGGCACCCGGGCUCGACAGGACGGGGAACGUCGACCGUGAAGACCAUGAGGAACACGAAGCGGAAGAAGCGGACGGCUCUGACGACAGCGGUGAGGAUACGGACGAUUCUGACUUUCCGGUGUGGACGGGACCGCGGCCGUGCUGCCACUCGCACUGCGUGCCGCGACAGAAGUAG